AUGUCCACCACAAGCCUCUCAUCACACCACAAAAUCCACCGGAGAAACAGCUCCGGCGAGCUCGACGUUUUCGAGGCCGCCCGAUACUUCUCGAUCGGCCACGAACACACGGCCCCUUCUCGGAUGAGCCUCGACAUGCCCAUGAUCAUGCGGGCCGGGCCUCUCGACUUCCCCCACGGCCCGAAUAACGGCCAAACAAAGCACCCAAAAUCCGAAGGCAAUAAUAAGAAUAAGGCCCACAAGCAACCGAGCUCGCCCGGCGGCCGCCUCGCGAGCUUCCUCAACUCCCUAUUCAACCAGACGACGCUCAAGAAGAAGAAACCGAAGCCCGGGAAAGACUUCGACGACGAUAACGGGCUAAGUGGGGCCCGCAGGAAGCGGAGGAGCAGCAUCAGUCACUUUAGGGUUAUCACCAGCAGCGCUGCUAGCAGCACUGCUGGUGAUAAUCCUACUAAUAACAACAAUAGUUAUAGCUAUUAUCGUAAUAAUGGCAUUGUGAAUUCGAAAAAGUCGGGUUUUCGUACGCCUCCGCCUUACGCGGACACGCCUACAAAAUCGUACAAGGCGGUCUCGGUGGUAUCUUCCGAGAAAAAUGGUCCGGAGAAUCGUGCGGAGAAGAAAGGGGAAGAUCGUGGGCCCUGGAUUUUCCAGGAAAAAUCCAGGGUUAUCCAGGAGAAAAAUCGAGAAGCCCUGAAUUUAGGUUUUUUCGAUUGGAAGUCGACGGAGGAGAGAGAAACUGCGAAGUUUGGCGAUGUGGACGACGGAGGGGAGAGCGACUCGAGUUCGGAUUUGUUCGACUUGCCGAGCCAUGAGCUCGAUUUUUACUCGAGUGGCUUGCCGGUUUAUGAAUCGACUCAAAUGGACCGGAUCAAGAUCGGCGUGCCGAUUUCGAGGGCAACCAUUGUAUGA